AUGAAUGAAAUCAAGGAAAGCCUUCGGAGCAUUGAACAGACGUAUAAAAUCUUCCAACAGCAGCAAUUCACUUUCAUCGCUGCCCUGGAACACGUCCGAGAGAACGCCCACGAUAAAAUUAAACCCGUGUCCAGCAUCGGGCAGGUGCAAACGUACAUGGACCACUAUUGCAACAACACGACUGACAAGCGUAUCCUGCUGAUGUUUCUGAACAUCUGCUGUGAGCUGCACCAGCUUUGCCAACGGCUGGAGUGCCUGCAUCCUGGAAGCACCACCAACGCCAUCUUGGAGAAAUGCAAGACCUACGUCAGCCACAGCAAUGAUCUCAGUGGCCUCCGGGCUAGUAAAUAUCCUCACGACGUGGUGAACCAUCUCAGCUGCGACGAAGCCCGGAACCAUUACGGGGGCGUGGUCAGCCUCAUCCCCAUCGUCCUGGACUGCAUGAAGGAGUGGGUGGCUCACACGGAGAAGCUUCCCCGGAACAUGCUGCAGAGCGUGAGUGCCCGCAAAGCUGCCAUCCUCCAGCAGAUAAACUUGCCAACUCGGACCAAGAAGGGCUUUGACCUCUCAGGGCGGCCUACAUUUGUCACCGAAGCUUGCCAGACUAAGCUUAGCUUGCUGGAGGCUCAGAAGCGGGAGAAUAGGCGGGCGGCUAAAAUAAAACAGAUGGGCGGCCUAGGGCGAGCCAUUCGAAAAUUCCUCGACGGUCCCUGGAAACCGCCUGGUAAAAAUGCUUUUUGA